AUGACAUGCAUGCGCCCCACCCCCCCCCCCCGGCUCGCGCGUGACCCAUACGAUCAGCUGACCGCCGUGAAGCUGAAGGUGGCUGCCAGCAGGGGCGCGCGCGUCUACAUCAACGGCGUGCUGCAGCAAGACUUCCUGGCCGCCGACGGCAGCUUCUCCUACUGGACCAACACCACAGACCUGAAGCCCGGGACGCUGGUGUCCAACACCCAGGGGUCUUCCAGCGCGGGCUUUGACUUGGACCUGAUCUACUCUGCGACGGCGCCGUUCGCGGCCAACAAAGUGGGCUGCAAGACAUACUCCCUGUUCUCUCACCUGGAGGCCGUGCCCCCCGCGGCCAAGCGCGCCAGCAAGCCAACCUGGAAAUACUUUGGCGGCGGCAAGGCCAGCCCCAAGGGCCCCUGGACCAAGGACACAUUUGAUGACUCAACGUGGUCCCAGGGCCAGCCGCCGCUGGGCUUCGGGGCCGCGGUCGGGUUCAACUACACGACGGCGAUCGCUGACAACUCGGCCGCGGCGACGAAGGGGCGGCUGUCGUACUACUUUAGGUACAAGCUCUGCCUGAGCGCGGACGUCUUGGCCAAGAUCGGCACGCCCCUACUGAAUGUGCUGUCGAACGACGGGGCCAAGGUGUUCAUCAACAAGGCCACAGUGUCCAACGACAUCUCAGGGGACCACGUCGCAAAGUACUGGAACACCAAUAAGCUGCUCACAAAGAAGAAGCUGCUGGUUGCAGGGACAAAUACGAUCGCCGUGCAGGUGGUCAACAAGGCGGGCUCCACUGAUAGCGGGUUCGAUCUCGACCUGACUUACCUGUCAAACGCCCCCGUGGCAGCUACGCCCUCGACCUGUGCUUGA